UUAACUUGCUCAGUAAAUUUAAGAUGAACCUGACUAAGGUUCAUUCUCUUACUGUCUUACAUCAAACUUGAAUGGAAUGGUUGUCUUGUAAAAAACUACGAUGUUUUAGUUUCGUAGGUUUAAUUGUCUUCGGUGUUUCUCAUGUGUUGAAUCAUUGCAGAAGUUGGAGCACAAGAUGCUGGACAAUUUCUUCUCUGUGCUGUCAUGUGUUGUCUCCGUGCCCUUCUACACGGGAUUCCUCCCUCUCCUGUUCUGGAGUGGACACGGUAGGCUGGCUGGGCAGAUGACCCUCCUCAUGGCUUUCUGUGACUACCUCAGCAACUCUGUCAAGGAUAUGGUGUCAGCCCCUCGGCCAUGCUCUUCGCCCAUUAGAAGAGUGACAGCUACAGAAGAUGAGAGGGAAAAUGCCAUGGAAUAUGGGCUACCGUCAUCGCAUGCUCUCAACACUGUUUGUUUGACGGGAUAUUUGUUACACUAUGUCCUGACAUACGGAGAACAUGGCAGUCUUAUAGUUGCUGCGGGUUUAUCUCUAGCUCUCUACUCCAAAUUUGCUUCAUGUCCAGCCAAGCAAUCGAAAGAUGUCGUCAAGGCACUGAAGAAACGGAUUGGCCAUAAGAAUCCAAAAGUUCAACUUCUUGCGCUAACUGAGGACGGGUGGACAGCUCAUCCGCAUCCUUGCAAACGAGUAGCUCCAUACCGAGAGGCCCUUUUGCUUGCCGAGAAGCAUCAGAAUCUGGAGACUAACAGUGACAUGUCGGCUGCGGUGGUUGCAGAUGCUCCUCCGCAGCAGGAAAUGGUAGCAGCAAACAGAAUGGGCCAACCGCAGACGAUUCUUGAAGAGGUCCCCAGAGAAGAAAAUGGCACCAUUUCCGCCGCCAAUUAUGCUGGUAAUGGCAGCAUCAACGACGACGACGCUACCUUGUAUCAGGGAGGUGAUGUGCUACCGAAUAGGUCGGCAAGUAUAUUUGAGAACGACUUGGCCUCGACCGGGAAAGCCAUGCAGCAGCUACUCCGGGUCCUCGGUUUCCAGAUCGGCACAACAAGAACGUGAUGUUCAGCUUUAGAUGCUGUUUUGUAUAUGUUGCAAACCUUCAACUCACUUCUCUACGCAGAAAGAAACGUCAGUGCUGAGGAUUGUAACUGAAACUCCAGUAACAGCAGCAAACAUCAGUUGUCUUCCCCCUGCACUGUGUUGCAUAUAGCGAUUACUAGGAGAUAAGCAACUGGCACUGCAAGUAUGUUCAGUUUAGAAACAAUGACUAAUAAGGUGAGAGUCAUCGACUUCUUAUCCGCUUGUCGUGAAGGCAGGCUCCAUCUGUACUAUACAACAUGGCAAAUGUAAGUUCGGUACGAAGUCGAA